GUCCCUCCAGAAUACUAAUUCGCCAAUUCCCUGACGUUCGCGAUUGAUCGACUCUGAUGCAAGUGCAGGUUGCACGCAGCUACCAUAACAACACCCAGUGUCGCCGAGGGCUUCACGCCGAAACACCGCCGCAAUGCCUGUUCCUUUCGAGACGCUGAUUCCCUAUGCAAUCAUCCUCGCCAUGUUCGGAGUUACUGGAGCUGGCAUGUCCAAGGUCAAGAAUAUGAACAACGCGGGCAAGCGAACCAGACGUUCACUCGACCAAUGGGACAAGCAAAUGAUGGAUCGUGACCGGAGACUUACGGGCCACUUGCGGGGGCAGACGGGCAACCAUUUGCCACCGCCUGGAUUCGAACUGAAUAACCCUUGGAGAACCGAGCCACGGAUAUCAUAAGAAGAAGAGGCAAAUCGGUGGGGGCAUUGGUAUCCAGAUAGCGACUUCGGAAGACGAGGAUUGUACGUGCACCUUGAUGAAUUGACAAACUUCACAAACAUUACAAUGAAGACAGGUGACACCCUCGGUGGUCUCGCGCGUACCGAAUCCCAUAUAGGGGUUCAUUUAGACAUUAUAGCAGUG